AGGCUCCGCCCGUCGCCUUAAGCCCCGCCCUUCCCGCUCGGAUGCGGCGCGCUCGGUGACGUCCCCAGACCGGAGUCCCGACCUCCCUUCCUCGCCGUGUGCUCGCCCUCGGUUCUCCAGCGCAGGCCUCCAGGCUCCGACUCCGGUGGCGGUGCAGGCCUGGUUGGUCUCCAAAGUGACUGAAAAAUGCAGAAGGACAGUGGCCCCCUGGUGCCUUUACAUUAUCUCGGCUUCGGCUAUGCAGCCCUGGUUGCUACCGGUGGGAUUAUUGGCUAUGCAAAAGCAGGUAGUGUGCCAUCCCUGGCUGCUGGACUCUUCUUUGGGAGCCUAGCAGGCCUUGGUGCUUACCAGCUGUCUCAGGAUCCCAGGAACGUGUGGGUUUUCCUAGCUACAUCUGGGACCUUGGCUGGCAUCAUGGGGAUGAGAUUCUACAACUCGGGGAAAUUUAUGCCUGCCGGUUUAAUCGCGGGUGCCAGUUUGCUGAUGGUUGCCAAGCUUGGAAUUAGUGUGCUGAGUUCUCCCCAUCCAUAGUAGCCACACCCCUGCUUGGGCUCAUGAAGAAUUGAAACUCUCCAAACGUCCACAUUUAUAAUGUCUGAAGGAAAAAGUGCAGCAUAUUUACAUAUCCUGACAUUUUACAAAGAUCCCCUGAGCACCCUGAGGUAGAUGAGAUUUCACCCGGGUGCCGGGUGUUGAACCUGAGACCAGCUACUAACCUUCAUGCAGUUUCAUUCUUGUGUGAUGACAUCUCACCUUUCUGUGCUAGUAAACAAGGGGUGCAAUGUUGGGUGUCAGCACACGGGGCCCCAGAGCCACAUGUCCUGCCCAGAAGUGUGUGAAACCUCUUGGUGACAUUUGUGAUGUGGGAUCUUUUGUGUAGGUCUGCUAUGAAAUUAUGUCUCAAUGAAAUACCAGUGAAAAUAAAGUUUGCUAUUAAGAACAA